AUGACCGAGCCCGAGGACCUGAACUUCACCGCGUUCACAGACCUCUGCCGCCUCUGCUCGCUCAAGAGUGGCCCGCGACUCCACAUCUUCGACAAGGAAGCGGAGCAGAGGCAGAUUCUAUUCAAACUCCGCACUUGUUUACCCACUAUGCAGAUAUCGAAAGACGACUUUCUGCCGAAGAAGAUCUGUGAAAGAUGCAUCACGCGGUUGGAGCAGCUCUACGAGUGGCGGCAAAGUUGCCUUAACACAGAUUCGGUGCUCCGGAACUAUGCUGAGUCCAUGCGAAUCGUCACAUCCACUAUCAACUUUCAGGAUGGAACGGUGAAUAUGGAUAAAAUGACUGAAGCACAAAAAACUGCAUAUUUAGAAGCACACGUAGCUGUUCAGCAGCAUAUGGCCCAGGCAGCUGCGGCUGCUCGACGUGAACAACAGCAACAGCAGCAACAGCAGCAACAACAACAACAGCAACAACAACAGCAACAGCAACAACAGCAGCAGCAGCAACAACAGCAGCAACAACAACAACAACAGCAGCAACAACAACAGCAACAGCACCAUCAACAGCAACAACAACAAAAUAAUAAUACGAGUAAUACACGACACCAUCAGGAAAUGCAGCAACAACAGCAAGCGCAAAGCGCUAGUACACACCCAGGCCAUCCAUCUCCUCCAACUGUGAGCUCCACGCAACACCACUAUACCACGAUUAAUUCCCCCAUUAAAGUACCACAAGUAAGCUCCAGCACCGGUGGACCAGAUUCCACCUUUACCGUACCAGAUGAUGUAGGAAUGGGCUUCGAAGGAGGCGUCCGUGUACUACAAAGCCUUGGGAAUUGGUCGCCGGAAGUAACAAAUACAAUACCGAGGCCUAAUUUGAUACCUUUUACCGAACCUUACACUGAGGGUGGAUCGAUGCAUCCUGGGACACGUUUAAAGGCAUUACAAGGAUCUGCUGUUGUACGAAAACAUCCUGCGAUAAAACCUACUAGUUCUACUAAUGAAGGCAGCAAAGCGUUCGAAUGUACAGUAUGUGGAAAAGGGUUGGCUCGCAAGGAUAAAUUGACAAUUCACAUGAGAAUCCAUACAGGUGAAAAACCGUAUGUUUGCGAAGUAUGCAAUAAAGCCUUUGCACGAAGAGAUAAAUUAGUACUACAUAUGAAUAAACUCAAGCACAUUACGCCGUCCAACAUAGCUCCACUAGGAAAACGCACAAUAACCAUACCUCCCCUUAAAUUAGAUGACGUGAAACCUCAAUUAACAAAACAAGAAGACACUAAGCCGAGCCAAGCCGAGAUAGCUGCAGUCGCAGCGGCGCAACAGCAACAACAGCAGCAACAACAACAGACAGCAGCAACAACAACAACAGCAGCAGCAGCAACAGCAGCAGCAUUCCCAUCAGCAGCCGAUUCAGGUCUGCCAGUACACACCAGCGCCACCAGUGCAGCAGUGGCGGCUGCUACUGCGGGCAUGGUGGUUUCAUGGUCGUGUGAACUUUGUGGAAGGCUUUUUGCGACCCGGGAAGAGUGGACUGCUCACGCCAAAUCGCAUCUACCAGACAACAAACUCUUACAGGAUAAGAUGCAGGCUACACAACAUCAGCAACAAGAGAAAGUCCACCUUACGAACCAGGAGAAGUUGCAACUUCUACAUCAUCACAAUCAAAACCAACAAAUCCUGAACGGCCACGGGAUCGCCUCCGCGUCCGUUUCCACCGCGACAGUGGUCAACGAGAACGGUGGGACCGGUACGUACUUCACCCACGGACACACACACUACGCGCCGGAACGACAGCACACACAUGCCCACCACCUCUGCCUGAUGUGCCGGCAGGAGUUUGCGGGGAAGGCGGAGUUUAUGUUCCACGUACGAGGACAUUUCGAAGGUAAAGUCAGUGAUAUCGCCGCAGCGGAUGUUCUAGCUAGAUCCCUGGUGGACAAUUCUGGACUGUGCACCUGA